AUGGCCAAACAGAAAUCCAAGAACUCUGUGAUAAAGCUGGUAUCCACUGCCGCCACCGGGUUCGCCCGCCAGAUCACAAUAUCCAGAGGUGCACCUUUGGUAACGCAGGUGAGAUACGAUCCAGUUGCCAAACGGCAUGUUCUUUUCAAGGAGUCCAAGAAGAGAAAGGUUGCCGAACGCAAACCAUUAGAUUUCUUGAGAACAAGUCGAUGA